AUGGACAAUCGUCAACAGCUGGUUGAAAGUGUAUUUGGGAGAAAGGUAGAUCCAGCACUUGUGGCGCGUUUGCAACCCGCAUUGACAGGUCUUGAUCGGCAUCGGUUCACCAGUACUGAUGAAUUCGCUGUGAGGCGACGCUGGGAAGGGCUUUGUGAGAAGUUUAGCAUCCAUGGUUAUGGCGAGGCAGCCACUCGUUUACGAUCGCUCAAGGACAAGUUUAUGAAUGAUGCACAUUCGAUAGGUGAUAGCUGUACGUCCGUCAGUUCGCAACAUGCUCUCAAGUACGAUAUGCUUGCCCUUUUACUCGCUUUAUCGUCCGGUUCACCAUCUCAGCCUUUGGAUAAUGAAACAUCAUCAGCAAUGGAUACGGUUCAGGAAUCAGGUGCCGACUUUUGGCGAAGGACACUGCUGGAAGAGCCAUUAGAAGGAGAUCAUUGGCAGCAAUAUCAGAGUGAUGACGAGGAUGAAGAUAUGAUGAGUAUGGAUGGCACAGAAGAAGAUCUGGAACUGGAUCAAGAGGAACUUGCACGUUUCAAAGCACGAUCAACGACGCAACAAGAACCAUUGCGAUCGAUAAGUCCCACAGAUGAGCGAUGGUACAGCACGUAUAUGCCUAUCAUUGAACAUGAUCAAGAGGAAAUUGCAAGAAAUCAGGAUCACGUACGACGCUACUGGGAAGAUCCAGAAGAGCUUACUGAAGCUGAUAUCAUGAGAGAGGUGGUGUUCAUGUUGCGAGGCUUGCCAAGCAUUCUUUUCGAGAAGACGACGUUACAUGAUGAAGAAACGAGGACAAUCAGGAUGCAGGUGGCCUCGACGCCGUUUCCUCUGAGUCAUUUGAGCAACACAGCCGUCAAGAGCAUCCUGAAGGAGUUUAAUGAGUAUGGCAACAUUAUGAAUAACCUGCGGGAGUGGCUUCAAAGAGUGCUCAGCAAUAGCAAAACGGAUGAUCGUCGUUACGGUCAAACUUGCGAAGCCUUUGCAGUUUGUGUGGCGAAGAUGUUUCAGGCAUUUGAAAGACGCAUGAGCAGCAUUGAAGUCGACUAUUGUCAAACACAAGGUGGCAAAUCGAUCAUUUCCAUAUUGAAACUCAAGAAUACCCUGGACCCAUCACUCAAAGCAUUUCAAGUCAUCUAUGAAGUUACCACUCGUCUCCAUGAUUCAGAUUCCCCGAGAGCACUUUCUCAAAAGCUUUUGUCAACUAUCUAUAUGCGGAUAUGUGAGGCUGAGACACAAGGGAAACAAGAUGUGUACAAUGUGCUGGUGUACUUGUAUCAUGAGACGAUCAAGCCUUUUGCUCAAUUACUCGAUGAUUGGACGACACGAGCAACUUUGAAGGGAGACGUGGCACAGGAAUUUUUCAUUAGCAGGAGUGAUCGACGCGAUAGCGAACUUGUCGAGGAUGAAUUUUAUGUGCAUGAACCUCGGGACGACGAUGAUGUAUCAGGAUACCCAUUAUUCAAUCACACAUUCAUGGACAAGGUGUUCUUUGUUGGCAAGGCAAUAGAGAUCAUUUCCCGAUUCAGAGACGAGAUGGAACGGAUCCCAACAUACAUUGAUUGUUUCGACAAGGUCAUUCCCACACCAAAAACAGUAUUUGAUUCAUCCGACAACAGCACACCAUCAAAGCCAUUUCAGCCAACAUUAUCACAACAGACCCGAUUCCUGCAGGCAGGAUUUCCUCUAUUGAAAAAUGGCACCCAACAUCUCACCCAUACGUCAUCUUCAACCGAUACCACCGUUACUCCAUAUUUAUUCGAUCAAGCCAUAUUGCAAUCUCUCGACGACUAUAUUGCCGAGCCAUAUUUACAUGCAACCCAAAAACUGCGAGUGGUGCUUUACGAAUCCUGUUCGCUGAUAUCCCACCUUCGUCGAAUCGCCUCGAUUUAUCUGAUGCUAGAGGACGAGCUAAUGCAUAUCUUUUGCGAGACCUUGUUUCAAAAAAUGGACAAAGGCAUCUAUCCCGAGAAUAGCAGCACCAACACGCAGAUCGACAAGCUUUUUAUGGAUGCAAAGAGUGCCAUUGGUGGUUUACAUCAAGAUUUGACCCUUUCAGAAUGCUCAUUUGAUCACAAUGCCAGUGGAAGCUUCCUGGAUAAGAUCCGAUUCAGUUACCAUCUACCUUGGCCUAUCAACAACUAUAUCCGGCGAUCAUCAUUAAGAAAAUACAGCUCGAUCACCACCCUUUUACUUCGUCUCAAGCGUACCAAGCAUCUCCUGGAUCGGAAGACGCUCACACAGCAAAAGCGUAGCAUGAGGAUGGUUUCCAUGCGUGUUCGAUUGAUAUGGUUUGUAAAUUCAUUCUCAAGCUAUGUCAUGACCACAGUGUUGCAUACGGAGACUAUGGCGUUGCGACAUACCAUUAGCAGGCUGGAGAAUAUGGAUGACAUGGUGCAACUGCACGCUGAUUACGUUGAUCGAAUAGUUGAUCGGUGCUUGUUAGGAGAUAAGACACGAUCCAUCCAUGCUGCCAUCUUGAGGGUUCUCGAUCAAGUACAAGAUUUAGCUCAGAUGUUUAUCCAACCUGACGUGGAGACAAGUCCUCAAUUCACGGAAACCAUGGAGAAUAUGGAAAAGAGGUUCGUUCGGGACAAUGAGUUUAUUUCAACAAGUCUGGCGAUCAUUGGAAAGAAAGGCAACUUUCCUUGGUUUGAUGCAUUAGCAGCAACCCUUUCAUCCCACGGCAAUACUGCAUAUUCAUAG